CGAUCAUCUCGGUGGCCAGCCACGCAAUUGCUGAAGAAACGCAGGAAUUUUGUUGCCGCAUUGAUACGAAUUCCUGAAAUUGGUGGCGCUAUGGCGAUCAGGAUCGCAGUGCCGCUCUCGACUUGUCCGCGCGUGGCUGCUUCCGCAACGGUGGCGACGACGUGGCGAGGCUUUUCGCAAGGAGCUCAGGCUUCUGUUGCAGCGAGCGGGAGGGAAUUGCGCCAUGGCUGUCUUUUACGGGAUUGCUCUUCUCGGAGUCUGAGCAGGUGGGUUCGCCACACAGGAGAUUCAACGUUGGGCGAUGGGGCCUUGCGGGUGCGGUCCUCGCGCCCAUUUUCAAUGGUGGCUUCCUCCGCGACGGGCCCUGCUUCACAGGCAAUACCUGAUGAAAAACUGGAUGAAGAGACGAAGUUUUGGGAGCAAAUUCGGACUCACCAAAAAGCGGCUGCAAGAUUGUCGAAAGUAGAUGACGCACGCACCCUUGUAGCAACUAGUUCGACUGCUACACUCUCUACUAUCUCGCAGAAGUAUGAUGGAUUUCCUUUAGGAUCAUUGGUAUUGUAUGCCACUGAUGACAGUGGCCGUCCUAUCUUGGUGAUCAGUUCUUUAUCGCCUCAUACCAAGGAUCUGGAGACAAAUCCAAAAUGCUCACUGCUUGUUGCUAGGGAUGCAGGCGAUAUAAGUGACACUGUUGUUACCAUUAUUGGCGACGCUGAAAUGGUGUCUGAUGCUGAGUGGGCGAAUGUGCGAGCAUCGUAUUUGAAGAAACAUCCACAGGCCUUUUGGGUGGACUUUGGAGAUUUUAGGCUGGUACGAAUAAUGCCUAAGAAGAUAAGAUAUCUUGCUGGAUCAGCCACAGCUUUUGUUACAUUUGGUGAGCUCGAUGGCGAAGAGUACCUAGCUGGAGCUGUUGACCCUAUUGCACAAUUCACUGCACCCAUUGCCGGACAUAUGAACCGGGACCAUGCAGAUCAAACCAAGUCAAUUGCGGAGAAGUCGCUGGGAGUGAAGAUCGAAUAUGCCAAAAUGUUGCAAGUGGAUCGCCUAGGCUUCAAUAUAGAGGCUGGCCAUGAUGGAAAACCAGUAAAGCUUCGAAUUCCAUUUCCAAGACCUGCACAAGAUCGCAAGGAUGUCAAGAACUUGAUAGUGGAAUUGCUGCAGGGAGCCGCAUCAUAGAUUACUUUAAAAAAGCAAAAGUGAUUUCAUACUUUUGUCAAGCAAUUCACGAACUUAUGUGACUGAAGUACAACUGCAAGUCCUCUAGGGUAUGCUUUGAGAGGCUUUUUAAAAUCAGUGUAUGAAUUGUAAAUUAGAUAGCGAGGAUGUUCCCUGCACUCACGCCAUAUUACAAUUUGACUUUGUGCGAAACAAGCAGUGGUCCAAAAUAUUGAGUGGCGUAGGCAUUACUAUGACCUGUGAAUAAGAUUCUUCUGUUUGCGCUUUUCAUCUA